UGGCAACCUGAAGGAAACUGCAGGAUGGUAAGAGCUGGAAUUGACCGCUGUGAAAUGAGUGAGCUGCAUAUCACAACCCUUCUGAGUUUUCUCUACCAGAUGGUGCUGGGGGUGCAGUGGCGACAUAUAGGCCAUUUCAGAAAAAUGCCGCAGCCUGUAGAAAUGUUGCUGGAAGGCACAUUCAGUCUCCCAAAGCGAUGGUCUUGACUCCAGGAAGUGCGUUUGAUGCAAAGACAGCACAGUUCGUGGGCCGAGAAACAAUUCUGAAUAUGGAGGAUAGUUUUUUGACAGUGCGGGACAAAAUUCCCCUGGGUUGAAAUCCCCUUAGGACAAGGGGUUUUUCUCUGGACCCCACUGACAGUACAGUACAGGGUUGUGAUAUGGCUGCCGCUUGCCAGCACAUUGUAAAUAUAUUCAUCCUUCGAGCCAUCAAUCAAGUGUUUAAAUGACCAUCUUGUAAUAAUUUAUAAUUGCAUUGUUUAUUCUACUAGCAACUGUAAAUGUGUUCAUCCUCCAUAUGAAAUACACGUGACACUAAGUGCUCCUAUUUGCACCAUUUGUUUUUCUCUUUUCCUACCGGAUACCCUCCUGCCUGGGCUUUGGGCUGGAAAACGUACAUUUACACUGUCGAGGAUCACAGUCUCGGGUGUUUUUACUGUGACACACAUGGCAGCAAAGUAAAGCAGUCACACUUUGUGGUACCAGGUCAGCUGGAUGGGAAAAGAGCCGAGUCUUCGAAUGUUGAAGCUGCAAUCCGAGCCGAACCUGGAUCGUCCGCGUUGUUUGGGGGCCAAACUGAAACAAUGACAACUAAAUUACCACAUUGCCAAUGACCACUAGCCGUCGAUCCUGUCCAUUGUGCGUUAUAUUUUGUGUUGGAGGUCCGUCGCUGCGGUUCGUGGUGUUUCAGGUGGGCUUCACUCUGGGGAACGUAGCCGGAAUGUAUCUCGCACAGAAUUACGAGGUACCAAACAUCGCAAAGAAAAUUGAAGACUUCAAAAAGGAUGUUGAGGCAAAGAAGAAGCCACCAGAAUGAAAUGAGCUGAAAAACAAGCAUAGCAAGGGAUGGAGGGGGGGAAAAAAAACAAAAAACCAUGGACUGGAGGGUAUCAUUCACAAUAUUAGAAUAGCUAUUAGGAUAAUUGUCUAUUUUUACAUGACUAAAAUAUUGGCCUGAAGACCCUUUGACUUGUGCCUGGAUUAUGUUUUUGAAUUUGUAUUAAAUUGCUUUUUGUGCAUGGAAAAUAAACUUUGGAAUUUAUUUACAA